AUGGGUCAUUUUUUACACGGUGGUCGCGUUAUGGGGACUUGUUCUGAUGCUCGUUGUGCUCGGGUGCAAAAAUUCUGUCCGUGGAAUGGAGACGUGCAAAAUGCAUGCAUGCAAUUUAAGAAAGUUAUUAAAGUUACUGUAGUUCAGCGACGGAAUGUAAGUGAAAUGCCAGAAGUAAAUGAUGACUGCAGUUGUGUACGGCUACCUAAUGCUUGCGGAAAAUUUUCCAAGGAAGUAUACUGCAUUAACCUGAAAGCUCAUAUAGCUAAGCUCUGGAAAGCCAAUGUUCAUUUAGACAAGAUUUUUGGCUUAUACUCAGUACAGCUUUUGAACGGAUGCAUGGAUUUUAACGGAGCGUUCAAUUUGCCAUACUGUUCUCUACAGCGGAUGAUUCCGGUUUAUUUAAUUGUUACCGGUAGUUUGUUGAUAUUACUUGCUGCGUUGCGGAUUUACAACCUUUGGUCUCGCCCAGAAAGCAAGUCGAGUGACUCUAAUAUCAAUUCGGUUAUUCAUUCGAUCGAAGGCGUCGUUCUCCUUGCCAUUAUUAUUUGGCUCAUAUUAGUUGAUUCAACUUGUAAGCCUCGCACUCUGCUUCCGAAAAAUAUGGAGAGGAACAGGGGUAUGAAUGGAGUGAGAGGUUAUUCAAACAGUUGCCUAAAUUAUUCGGCGUUCUUCGGGCGGCAUGUGGUGCCAUUGCAACUUUUAAUGAGAUAUGGAGCUAGAAUCGAAGAAGUCGUAGUGGAUUACACCGGAGUAGCAUUUAAGGCCGGAGCCUAUUGUUCUGCCCCGUACUUCCGCAAGAUUACUCAAAAGGGGUCUCAAGAGCACGAAGUGCAGCCAAUUACUUCUCUAAUUGGCAGCGCGUUGCUGCCGUUCUAUACAACCGACUUCUCCGUUGACCGUUCCAUUGCAGAUGAGGAAUAUGGGUUUACAGCAAACGAAGAUUCUACCACGCAGAUAAAGACAUGUUCGAGCGCCAUUACUGUGACUCCGUUACCUACUGGAUUGCGUUCACAUCUGUUUCGCUUCAUCUUGGGAUUACUUUUAUUUUACUUGCUGGAACCGUCAUCCUUUCGUUUUGCUUACGAAAGGACAUUGCCAAUGAAAAAGCAUUUCCCCCAUAAUAAAAACAUGAGGACAAGAGACGACUGGGCAGUGUACAACACGACUUGCGUAAAGAAAUUAUCUCUGACUUAA